AACCCGGAACUGCUUCGCUUCUGCAUCGACUUGUUUCUUGUCACCAACGACGCUUGGGCUUGUAAUUUGAAAGUGAAUGAAAGAUGUGAUUCAACGGGGUUUUUUUUUCUGCAUUGAAGAAGUGGAAGAUAAAAAAAUUGACCCACGGAAGUCAGCCAUCUGGAACACAGAGGAGAUCGAGACAUUGAGAAAAGUUUAUAAAUCUGCCAAAGGUGAAAUAGGGAAACUGGAGGCUGCUCUACGAGAGAAAAGAUCACAUGCAGAGACAUUGGAACGCACCGUUCGACAACAGCGAGAAGAACUAGAUACUCUCCACACCACUUUGUUGGAGGUGACCAAAGCCAACCAGAGACUGACCAUCCACAGGGACCAUCUCCGCAAACAAAACUCUGUCCUGGAUCUCAAAUGUGCGGCUCUCUCUGACUCAUGGAUUGAGAUAGGGAAGGAAAAGCUCAAAGCCCUGGAGGCUGUGAAGGAGGCACACAAAGCCCUGGACAAAGAGAGACUUCAGCGACAGAAACUAGAGGCAGACCUUUCAGAAGCACGGCAGAACCUUAUCAGAGAGAAGGCAUUGGUGGAGAGGAACGUCACCACCAAGUUCGAGAUUGAGGUAAACGACCUGAACGAGGUCAUCCGUGACCUGACGGUAGAACUGCGGGAGGAGAGGAAGCUCCAUGAGGCGUCACGGCGAGGGCUGGAACAUCUGCGGAACCAUUUCUCUAGUUUACCUACCAGGGAUGUUUUACCUCCGGGGCUAGUGUUAGAGGACCAGGUACAGAGGGUAGAUCAUUGCAGUUUGUAGUUAGGAGAGGGGGGAUGGGGGCCUGGGGAAAGAGUAGGGGCAGACAGACAGACACACAGACAGACACACAGACAGUUCUCCAGUUCACCCACCAGGGAUGUUCUGUCUCUCAGGUUAAUGUUGGGGCAUCAGGUACAGAGAAUAGAUCUUUGUAGUUUUUAAGGGGGGGGGGAGGAGAGAGAAACAGAGAGGGAGAGGGAGAGAGAGAGAGAGAGAGAGAGAGAGAGAGGAGGAGGAGGAAGAUUAGAGAGAGAGGAAGGGAUGUAUAGAGAGAGAAAAGGUGGAAGGGGGCGGGGAGGGGCUGGAGGAAAUGGGCAAAAAAAGUGUGUGGACAAAGACUGACAGACUAUCGUAUUUCACUCGUGCUAGCCAUGUAUAUAGAUGUAUUUAUAUGUAAAAUGUACUUAAACUGAAUCAUUAAAUUAUCUGACUCCUUUGGUCAUCAAUUAAAAACUG